GACAAACCCACAAGUGCAUUGCGUAGCAAACUUGCGACAAAAACGGAAGCUAAAUCCAGAACCUCGCGAAGACGCUCGCGUCCAUAUUUGCUCGCAAUGGGCACCGCCUGUAAAUGAUUUUCUUUCCCCGCACUUAUAACGGGCACGCCAGGGAACUGCGGAAAACUGUUGAAGACGGGCUUCGGUCUGCACGAGUUCGCGGCUCAUUAAUCGCGCUAUUGAGGAAGUAUAGCAAAACAAUGAAAUCGCGCUCCUGUGGCGAGCUCGCCAAACGGGCGCGACUUUGGCGGUCUGUGUAACACGGCCUACCCGAUGCCAUCGAGCCCGGUUCUCCUCGGCGGCUAUUCGCGAUAGUACUGCAUGUGACCCAGGGUCGGUUUCAAAGGUCCAUUUCGUCCAUAUACCCUGGCAGCAUAAAGACGCGGCAGGGACCGUUAUAGGGCGCAAGCACUUAACUGUAUGCCACAUCAACGAAGAUUGUAUGUGGUGCAGGUGUGUGCGAAGUUCAGAUGGCGUCUGCUCGGUACUGGUAAGCGCUGCCUACAAGUGGCAAUGCCGUUUGGUGACUCGCGUGCCCGCGACGUCCAAGUGUGCCUGAACUGCGGGACUGUGUGUGUAAGUCUGAGUCCAGUUUGGCAGGGUGCGUUCAGUUACCGUAUACACAGGCUCGGCACAGUGAAUGAGUGAACCAUCGCCAAUCUUUGAUGUUUAAUGGAAGGGUCGCGGCGCCAACGCUGCUAAACAUGCGGCAAGCGCUGAUGGAGAUGCUGCUGGAUAGAGCGCGGUCCGCGCCCCUGCGCCGUGGUGGCGGCGAUGAUGGCCGCGGCGGCGGCGCAGGGCCUGGCGGUGGUGACGGCGGCGGCGGUGCAGGCCUGGCGGCGGCAGCGGCGGCGCAGAGCCUGGCGGCCGCAGCGGCGGCGGCGGCUGCGGCGACUGUGGGAACAGCAGUGGCGCUAUGCAUAGAGACGUGGCGUGGGCGCAGCCCCACUUUUCAACUGAGAGUCGACAAAAAGCGGCAUGACAAGUAGUGCGGCUGUUGACAAGUGUGCUGCGUCUGGCUACGGUUGGCUCUGCUGUGGCAUCGCGAUUGCUAGGCACCUGGUUUGGCUAUGUGCCUGUGGAAACCGACCCCGGCUAUGUCCGGGCGAUGAGGUUGUUCGGCCUCAGACUGUGGAGGGGCUCAGCCCCUUUUCCCGUGACCGGGGAACACUUGUCAACUGAGAGUAGGAUCGAAUACCG